AUGGUUAGUGUAGGAACACGCAGCAUACUGAGCCUAGCAUGGCUCAGUCUUCCAAUAUUUGCGAGGGCAUUCUCGAUGGAUCCAGAGGCCUCACCAUCCGCAAAUACCGAGCUCAUAUGUCCUACAGACAAUCAAGCUGAAUGUUACCCUCGAAUCUUUCAACCAACGAGAGACUUCCAACUCAUCAAGCCUGGACAAGAUAUUCCACCAGGCCUUCACGUUCGGCUAAAUAUAUCUUCUGGCUUGAAAGAAGCUCGCCUGAAUAUUCCAAUGGAAGGUGAUGAUGUUACGCUGGAUCUUGAUAUACCUACAGAACAAGCCAUGGUCGUCAUUGAAGGUGCCGAAGUUGAAACCUCGGAAGACCUGCAACCACCCUCAGACGCACCAGCGUACAGUGGCCAUGGGAAGAUACAGCCCCCACCGCCCUCAUCAUCUGACUUUGAAUCAUUCCGAACUUCUCUUGCAUCAUUGAAAGAGCAAGAUAUUUCCCUCGAUUCAGCCCUGGUUUCACUUUCGGAAUUGUCACACGACAUUUAUUACGGAUCUGAACUUAUGGCCGACGAGGAGGCAGUUUCUGCCCUAAUAUGUCUCAUGGCCAUGGAAUCCUCGGGGCCUGGAGAUGAAAAUGACCAUUCAGCCUCCGCCGCUCUCUCCGGUUCUCUACAAAACAAUCCUACUGCCAUCAGCUCCCUCUCCCUGUUUCACGAUAUCGUUAUGAAACCUACUUGUCCUUUCCUUCGUGAAAAUGGAUUAAGUCUCAUUCCUGCACUCCAGAAAAAGCUGUCAGCCUCCACAACAUCACCUUCAUCUCUCAAAUCUCAAAUUUCAGCUCUUAGUGGCCUCUUGAAAUCGCCAGAAAUCCAAAAGUCUUUCCUUGAGCAAGAUGGUACUUCAUACCUACAGUCCGUCUUCUUGAAGUCUGGAUCUCAAUAUGACGUCGUUCGAAAACGUAUCGUACAGCUUUUGAUGGACAACUUCCUAGAUGAUAGCAUGGGGGCGCGGAUAGGAGUUUGGCCGAAGGUAGAUGUCAUCCAGAAGGGGGAGAAGGAUUGCAAUGGCGACGUUAUCAAUGAUGAAUGUUGGGCUUGCAUUGAGCGCAACCAGCAAAAUGCGUGCAGAGCUCCCGGUGAGGCAGUUGACAUUUACACUCAAAUUUCUGCCAAAAUGUUGUUCUUCAGCUUCUUUAAAACCUUGGUGGAUCACGAAGUUACAGUCGAGCUCAAGAAUGAUAUCCAGAUCAAAGGCAUAUUAAAAUCGGUAGAUCAAUACCUAAACAUCAAGCUGGAUGAUAUACAAGUGGUAGAGGAGCUGAAAUACCCACAUCUGUCAUCGGUCAAGAAUGUUUUCAUAAGAGGAAGUGUCGUCAGAUAUGUACAUCUUCCUGGCGGCGUAAUUGACACAGCACUUCUGGAAGAUGCUACUAGGAGAGAGGCUGCGCAACAGGCGACUAAAGGAAAAUGA